AUGCCUGUUUUCACCGACGCCGUCUCAACCAGUGUGAAGGUACUAUCGGGGCUGCUAGCAAUUGCCUGCAUCACUCUUUGCUGGCUAUUUUAUCCUCCUAUUUAUCCAAGAAAUAUUCCUACUAUCCCAUUUUGGGUGACACUGCUGCCAUUUUUUUACGAUGUUGACCAAGAAGAGACAUUCAAGCGAUACAUCCGUAAGCCUCUUCUCAAACAUGGGGCCGUGAAAUUUUUCUUUGGAGGACAAUGGAAUAUUCUGGUCCAGCGAUCCACGUAUCUGGCAGAGAUCUUCAAAAAUGAGGAGGUCUAUCAGAAAAGUGGGAACGAUAAAAAAUUGCCUCAUAGCGUGAUUGCGGAAUACCUUGGUGACAACAUAAUAUCGUCUCGAGGAAACGACUAUCGAACAUAUCGCACCGUCAUCAAGCCUGGUCUACAGGAAAAUUUCGACCCUGAGCCAAUCAUCCAGAAUGCUCAAAAGCUCUAUUCACUGCUCAGACAACUACGUACGGAUGGCAAAAGUGCAGAGCCUAAUAUUCAAGAUGUUCUGCAACGCUACUCCAUCACUAAUAUCUUGACAUGCUUAUUGAAUUCAGAUUUGAGCUUACUUGAUGAUAACAAUGCCGACCUGAACAAGCUGCAACGCCAGGUCAAAAAAGAGAUAUUCAAGCCAAUUUUCCUUAGCUUUCCGUUUCUUGAUAGAUUGGGGUGGCUUUUCCCAAGCCGCCAACGCUCGAGAGAGACUAUCCACGCGUUCGCUCAAGAAUUGCAACGUGUUGUCUGUGCGGGUCAUGAAGAAGACUCCUACUGGAUGGCAUCCGAAAAACUCGGCAGCCGGCUAUUUGCAGCUAGAGAAAGUGGUAUCAUGACUCACAAGCAGUUUCGUGACAAUCUCAACGUGGUAUUCGUGGCUGGGCAAGAGAACCCACAGUUGGCUAUGCUGUCAGCCUUGUAUCUUUUGGGGAAAUACCCCGACGUCCAAGCAAAGUUAAGAUACGAGGUGGACAUGUGCCUAGAUGGAGAUCUUUCUCCCGUCGUACUCGGAAAGCUACCGUUUCUCAGCAGCGUGAUAUACGAAAGUCUCCGCUUAUUCCCACCUAUUUCACAGUUGGUAAAUCGACGCGUUGACAGACCAGUCAACCUCGGCGAUAAGAUUUACAUCCCACGCGAUACCUACGUAGGAUACAACUCCUACGCCACAAAUCGUGACCCUAGCGUUUGGGGGCUGACUGCCGACGAGUUCAUGCCAGAGCGGUGGGGAACGAAUAACGAAGACAUCCUCAAACGAUUCCGCCGAGCCAAGGCUCGGGCAGAGUUCAUUUCUUUCCAUGGUGGUAGUCGUGCCUGUUUGGGAGAAAGGUUUGCGCUGCUUGAGAUGAGAAUCACACUAUUUAUCCUAGUCAAAAACUGCACCUGGACUCUCGAUCCACACUGGCCAGAUAGAAUGACGCCGGCUGGCCCGUUAUAUCCACGCGAGCUUCGAUUGGUAUUUGAUCAUAGACAAGGAUGA